GGGCGAUGGCAAAAGUGUUAGAAAACAAAACAGAGAGUUCUUCCUUAACUCCCUAUAGUGAACUGUAAGGGGAGGCUUCGCCUGUAAAGAGUUUCUAUUUCAAGCUGGAGAUAGACAAUAGGGUGGGAUUUAAUGAAAGGAAGUAUAAUAAUCGAUAAGGAAUAAUGCCUUUUAGGUAUUUCGAAAUAAGUCUCUAAAGGUAUCUAAAGAGAAGAAAUGCAGUGUGCUCAACCGCUGGUGUCUGGGAGAGGUUACAAUUAUUUCUCUAUUGAAGGUAUAUUCAUGCAAGCGUUACCAUUUCUGAUAAAACGUUACAGUUUGGCGAAACCGGGCUCCUCCAGGAAAAAGAUGAACAAAAUACGUUUUCUCGCUACAUUUCUAAAUUUAAUUUCACCGUUUGUUUCAAAAAAAAUUCUUAAAUCAAGCGCCUUGCCCCAAAAUAAGAAACAAGCGCAUUGCGUGCGACCAGCUUACGAAACGAAUUGUUUUGCCAAGUUGUUUCCGACAGUCGCUUUGGCACGUGAUCAUGCCUGCUGGGGCACUGUGCUGAGGCUACAUCUUACAGGAACCAGUUUCGUGAAAGCAUCUUAAGUCACAAGGGCCUCUUCAGAUGCAUUUCAGGCUAAUAUACGAGUCUGUCAAUUUGGAAAAUCUAAUGAUAAAGCAGGCAUCCGCACCAGGCACUUGAAAAAUACCCGAUGAAAUCAGGGAGGGAUCAUUCUUUCACUUGAUAUCGUUAUGGCUGUGAAACACAACGUAGUGUUUACAGUCUUGCUGUUUUUGAGUUUGUUCUACUUUGCUUCUAGCAAAGAAAAAAAAUGCGAACAGAUCAAGAUACCCAUGUGCCAAAGCAUUGGCUACAACUUAACUUCUAUGCCAAACAUGUUCAACCACGACACACAAGAGGAAGCGGCGCUUGAGAUUCAUCAAUUCUGGCCUCUAGUCGAGAUCAAGUGUUCGCCAGACCUAAAGUUCUUUCUCUGCUCCAUGUAUGCUCCCAUUUGCCAGCCGAACAUUAACACAAACGUUCCUCCAUGCCGGUCAAUUUGCACACGGGCAAGAAAAGGUUGCGCACCUUUCAUGGGGCAAUAUGGCUUAUCAUGGCCCCAGCGAAUGAGAUGUAAAAACUUUCCAAAAGGCGUUGGUGACGGGUGGUGCCUGGGUGGAGCCGGCGACAUUGCAGUUAAUCAUACGUUAACAGCCCGACCGGAAUUGACCAAAACGAAAACAGCUAGCAAAAAGAAAUGCGAAAAUAUCAAAAUACCUAUGUGUCAAAAUAUUGGCUACAACUUAACUUCGAUGCCGAACAUAUUCAACCACGACACACAAGCAGAAGCAGCACUUGAGCUUCAUCAAUUCUGGCCACUGGUAGAGAUCAAAUGCUCGCCUGACCUAAGGCUCUUUCUUUGCUCUGUGUAUGCUCCCAUGUGCCGGGCGAACUUUAAAGAAGAAGUGCCGCCAUGCCGGUCGGUCUGUGAACGGGCAAGAAAAGGCUGCGCGUUUCUUAUGCGUAAGUAUGGCUUUUCGUGGCCCGAGAGGAUAAGAUGUGAGAAGUUUCCAAAAGAAGUUGGUGACGGAUUGUGCCUGAAUGGAGUCGAAAACGUUGAAGCAAAUGAUACUACAACAGCUCGUACCACAACAGCUCAGACCAAAACGGCUCGUAUGACAACAGCUGGACCGAAGGGGUUAAAUACAACAAGUACAACUAGCAAGAAGAAAUGUGAACAAAUAAAAGUACCUAUGUGCCAAAAUAUUGGCUACAACUUAACUUCUAUGCCGAACAUGUUUAACCACGGCACACAAGAGGAAGCAGCACUUGAGAUUCAUCAAUUUUGGCCGCUAGUUGAGAUCAAGUGUUCGCCUGACCUGAGGCUCUUUCUCUGCUCUCUCUAUGCUCCCAUGUGCCAGUCAAACUUCAAAGACGAAGUACCGCCCUGCCGGUCGAUUUGUGAACAGGCAAGAAAAGGCUGCGCGCCUCUUAUACGUCAGUAUGGCUUUUCGUGGCACGAGCGAAUGAAAUGUGAAAACUUUCCUAAAAUGGGUGACAGGUUGUGCCUGAGUGGAAACAAAGGUACAGCUAAUCAUGCGAAAACAGCUCCACCGACGGAAUUAAUUACAACAAACACAAAUAACAAGAAGAAAUGUGAACAAAUAAAAAUACCCAUGUGCCAAAAUAUUGGCUACAACUUAACUUCUAUGCCGAACAUGUUUAACCAUGAUACACAAGAGGAAGCAGCACUUGAGAUUCAUCAAUUCUGGCCGCUAGUUGAGAUCAAGUGUUCGCCUGACUUAAAGUUCUUUCUCUGCUCCCUGUAUGCUCCCAUGUGCCAGCCGAACUUCAACGACGAAGUGCCCCCAUGCUGGUCAGUCUGUGAUCGAGCAAGACAAGGCUGCUCGCACGUUAUGUUCAAGUAUGGCUUUUCGUGGCCAGAGCGAAUGAAAUGCGAACACUUUCCUAAAGUUGGGGGAGACAAGUUGUGCAUGGAUACGCAAACUGCUUGGCCGAAGGGGUUAACUACAAAACAAACAAGUAACGGGAAGAAAUGUGAAAAGAUAAGGAUACCCAUGUGCCAAAAUAUUGGCUACAAUCUAACUCACAUGCCAAACAUGCUUUAUCACGACACACAAGAGGAAGCAGCACUUGAAGUUAAUCAUUUCUGGCCGCUUGUCAAUCAAAAGUGUUCACCUGACCUCAAGUAUUUCCUCUGCUCCGUGUAUGCCCCCAUGUGCCAGCCGAACAUUACAAGGAGAGUCCCACCAUGCCGCUCACUUUGCAAAAGCGCAAGAAAAGGUUGUCUGCCUCUUGUGCGGCUGUUUGGCCUUUCGUGGCCCGAGCGAAUCAGGUGCAGGUAUUUUCCAAAACGUGGUAGCGGACAAUUAUGCAUAGGCAGUGAAGGAAUUCCAGCUAAUUAGACGACGAAAAUAAGACAUUGAGAGGUUCCCUACACUGACUGAGGUGAUGCAUGAAACAAAUUCUCUGCUAAGAUAAACAUAAUAUUUUUAGUUUGUGUAUUUUCGUUAACUCGCAGUAAGAAAAUGUCACUUUUUACAUCGCUAGCAGUAAAGCAAGCAGGCAUUAAGUGAGUUGUCUGCUAGUAUCGUGCAUAUGUCAUGGCCUAUGAUCCAACAGUCACUAUAUAUUUUUACGAUAACUGCAGAAAUUCUCGCGCGCUCAUUGGCUAAUUUUUCAUUGUCAAUAAGCGGACAG